GUGGCGGCGUCCCGCGGCCGCCCCGGCCCGCCCCGGCCCUCGCCGUGUGCGGCUCCUGCUGCCCGGGACGUACCGUCGACCCCCGUGAGCCGCGGCCCGGGUCAGGCUCUCCUACGGAAACGUUUAGACAUUUUGUCUGGAAAAGUUGGAUUCUAAAUCAAAUCCUGGCUUGGUUGAUGUUUGUCUAAAUCACAUCUCUUAAAAUGCAAUCACAACUUGGAGACUUGGACCAAGGCCUUGGAAGGGAGGUUGCUGCACAAGGGGAAUGGCUGAACACCAGGAAGGAAGCCAAACCAAGCGAAAAGGAAAGCAAUUCUGUCAACACAGAUGUUGGAACUCAAGAGAAAGACAUCAACUGUAUACCCAGAGUAGAUGAACAGAAUGAACAAAAGUCAGAUGGCGGUCACAAAUCAGUCACCAGGUCAUUCAAGCAAAGGACAGAAGAGAAGAGAGGCUGUGUAAGGAUGACAAAAAAGAUUCUGCAAGACCUCUGUAAGCAGCAGAAAUUAUACUGGACCCCACAUUUAAAUGAUACCCUUUAUUUGCAUUAUAAAGGAUUUGACCGCCUGGAGAAUCUUGAGGAAUAUACUGGGCUGAGGUGUUUGUGGCUGGAAUGCAACGGCCUCACCAAGAUUGAGAACUUGGAGGCUCUGACGGAGCUGCGUUGCCUCUACUUGCAACUCAAUUUAAUUACCAAAAUUGAAAACCUUGAACCCUUACAAAAGCUGGAUUCCCUCAAUAUCAGCAACAACUACAUAAAGACCAUUGAGAAUCUCUCUUGUCUGAAAGUCCUGCAGACUCUGCAGAUUGCUCACAAUAAGUUACAAACUGUGGAAGACAUCGAGCACUUACGAGAAUGCCCAAGUAUUUGUGUCCUUGAUCUUUCCCACAACCACCUAAGCGACCCAGGCAUCAUAAGCAUCCUGGAGACCAUGCCUAACCUGCGUGUGCUGAAUUUGAUGGGAAACCAAGUGAUAAAGAAUAUUGCUCAUUACAGAAAAAUACUUAUUGUUCGACUAAAAUUCCUGACACAUCUGGAUGACAGACCAGUUUUCCCAAAGGACAGAGCCUGUGCAGAAGCCUGGGCUGUUGGAGGGCUUGAAGCUGAGAAAGCAGAAAGGGAAAAAUGGGAAACCAGAGAGAGAAAAAAAAUCCAGGACAGCAUCAAUGCUUUAGCAGCACUCAGGCAAAAAGCAGAGGAAAAGAAAAGACAAAAGUGCAUGGAAGAGAGAGAUGCAACAGACAUCCUGGAAGGAAAGAAAAAUGCAAAUUCAGGUGACAGUGAUGGAAGUUGUAAUCCAUCAGAGACUUCAAAUAGAUCACAAGAGGAGGACACUCCAGAGGAGACUGAGAAAUUUAGCAACGAAAGUUUUGAUGCUUGUGAUGAAGUGUUAACACUCCUGCCAAACAGGGGAGAUAACACAGAUUUCACAUCUAGAACUAUUCCUGCUAGAAUUCAAGAGGAUGCACAAGAAUCCCGCUCAUUCUCCAGCUUCCAGAAGACAGAUGAUCUAGAGACAACUCCUGACAAGGCCAUGCUUCCUGAACUGGAUGGAUAUGCUGACAUUGAACAAACAAAACUGGAGACACUGGAGAAACUUUAUCUUGAUGAACUGCCUGAUUUAGAAGAUACAGAUGUAAGCGAAUUGUCCACAGAAGAGGAAAUCUUUAUUCAAAAGCAGGAAUAUCAGCCAAAGAUUGAAAUAAUUUCUGAAAUGACAAGUGACACCGACUCUGCAUUAGAGGAAACCAAUAAAAGCACGUUUGAGUGCCCAGGAGAAGUUCCAAAAGCCUUUUUUUCACGGGUGUGCAAGAGGCCUAAAGAGCACCAAAAGGAGCACUUAAGACCCCUUGUUGAAAGCUUCUUUCCAGAGCCUGCCAAUUCAGAAAGAUACCUGGAGAGCAAAGAUCAACCAGCAAGCCCCUCGAAACCCUUGAUACAGGAGAUUACAUCUGAGCCUGAGGAAGGACCAGAGGAGCCAUGCUCAUGGGGAGGGGACAGCUCCUUGCCCUGCUGAGCCCACAGCAACACAGUCAUCACAGACAAGGAGGUGAGAGGCACUUACCCACUAAAAACAGGGAGAUGCUCAGCUCUUAUGGAAAAAAAAUGCAAGCCCCUGUUAUUUAACAGCCACCUGUUCCUGAGUUGUGUGAGAAUCCUGAUAGGGAAUGCAAAUGCCACUGUCUCAUUCCACACAGCAUUUGUUGCUGAGUUUUAUUAUUUA